UAAUAAUGUCAUUUCCAGGUACUCCACACUCCCCAUCUUACUUUCUACACUUAGUUUGAAUGGUUUUAAGGUUGAAGUGAAGAUUGCUUCAGAUAAUAGAAACUGAGUUUCCAUGUCUUGGUCAGACUCAUCAGAUCACAACUUAUUCUCUUCUAGCCUUGCAAGCUAUCUUGAUAGAAAGAUUCUAAUAUUACUGCGAGAUGGCAGAAAACUCUUGGGAACGUUACGUUCUUUCGAUCAAUAUGCAAAUAUAGUAUUGGAAGGUACCUCUGAAAGAGUAAUGGUUGGAAAUCUCUAUUGCGACAUACCUUUGGGUCUCUAUGUCAUUCGUGGGGAGAAUGUUGUGCUGAUCGGAGAACGGGAGUCUGCCGAGGAGGAGCUUUCGCCACACAUGACUUGUGUGUCCGCAGCAGAAAUCAAAAGGGCUGAAAAGGCAGACAAUGCAGCAGAACUUAAGGGUUCCAUGAGAAAGAGAAUGGAAUUUCUUGACUUUGACUAGACGAACUAUCUUUAGAUGGGCAAAGUGAAAAGUAGGAUUGGCACAUCACUCUAUUCCAAUAAAAAAAAAACGCUGUCAUCCAUGAGAUCGGGAUAUCACUCUAUAUAUUUUGCAUGGGGUGGAUCAGAUGUAGUUAAGGAUAUGAAUCCAAUAAUUUUGGCUCAGAUUCUACAUAUGUAUUUAAAAAAUUCACUAAAAAAAUACAGUAAAUCAAAUGAAUUGUAGUGAAAUUUUGAAAUAAAAUUCAUUAUAUUUAAAUCUUGAAACAGCCUCUUGAUUUUGCAAGGGCAGAAACUUUUGGUCCUCUAAAGUUUAAUGGUGGAACGAUGAGGAUGCAACGUACGUUGGAGAGGAGAAAAGGCGUGCGUAAAGACUAAAGAGGACAGAAAAAAGAGGCAGAUAGAUCUAGUGGAGCAAAAAUAGGUAGAGUGGGACUAGGGGCGGAUUUAGAGUAGUAGCGUCAGGUUUAUCUGAACUUAUAACUUUCGACGUGAAGCAUAAAUUUAUGUA